UCAGCUGAUCCCGAUGGUGAAAUGUUCUCUAUUUCCUGUCCAACAUGCAUGGAAAUCACUGGUGUGUACCGAUGUCUCAUCGUUCCUUCGUCAGGUGAUUUAAAGGCUUUGCACCGCAAUUCUCAUUUAGAACAAUGGCAAGAAACUAGCUCAGUGUCUGGAAAACUGCUUCCUUUGGGGGAAAGAGAUGUCAUGACAGAAGUAACACGCUGCAGCCUGCCCUGCUAACUUCAUGGGAGAAGAAGAAGCUUUUAAAAGAAAAUAGAGCUUUUCCAGCCCGAAGCUGAGGACUUGGCAAGAAAACAAAACAAAAAAUGUCUCCUGAAUCAAAAAAACUUUUCAACAUAAUUAUUUUGGGAGUCUCGUUUAUGUUUAUCUUCACUGCUUUCCAAACAUGCGGAAACAUUGCGCAAACGGUUAUCACCAAUUUAAACAACAGAUUUCAUGGCAGUGGCUACACAAGCAUGUUCAUUAUUUAUGGAGUAUUCUCUGCAUUCAAGUCUUCUGUCACCUCAGUGGUUGCCAUAGUAGGACCUCAGCUCUCCAUGGUUGUUAGUGGUGUAUUUUAUAGCCUAUACAUCGCAGUUUUUAUCCAGCCAGCAACCUGGGCUUUCUACACUGCUUCUGUUUUUUAUUGGCAUUGCAGCUGCCUGAGCGAUCGCAGAACUGUCUUCAUUGCUCUGACUGUUAUCAGUCUCGUGGGCACAGUUCUCUUCUUUCUGAUUAGGAAACAAGAGGACACAAAAGCUCCAGGGGAGGAAGAUUCUACUAAUGAAAUCCUGGGGGACAGCUCGUCUGCAAAAGCAAAAAUGACCAGAGCAGUGGCUGCCUUCAAGAAAUCUAUAAAGCUGAGCUUCACCAAAGAAAUUCUGCUUCUCAGUGUGACAACAGCCUACACGGGUUUGGAAUUAACUUUCUUUUCUGGAGUAUAUGGAACAUGUAUUGGUGCUGUGAAUAGGUUUGGUAGCGAAGAGAAAAGCCUUAUUGGUCUCUCCGGUAUUUUUAUUGGUGUUGGAGAAAUUUUAGGUGGAGGAAUCUUUGGUUUACUGGGCAAGAGUAACCGCUUUGGCAGGAACCCCAUUGUGAUGCUGGGCAUCGUUGUCCAUUUCAUAGCCUUUUAUUUAAUUUUUUUCAACAUGCCAAAUGAUGCCCCUAUUGCUCCAAUGGAAGGAACGGAUCGCGUUGCAUUUAUGACUCCAAGCAAAGAAGUGGCCAUACUCUGCAGUUUUCUCUUGGGGCUGGGGGACAGCUGCUUUAACACCCAGCUCCUUAGUAUUUUAGGAUUCCUCUACUCCGAAGACAGCGCUCCUGCCUUUGCCAUCUUUAAGUUUGUUCAGUCCAUCUGUGCUGCAGUUGCCUAUUUCUACAGCAACUACUUCCUUCUGCAGUGGCAGCUCCUGAUCAUGGUGGUCGUCGGCUUCUGUGGAACAAUUACCUUCUUCGCAGUGGAGUGGGAAGCAGCAGCGGCCCUUGCUGCCCGUGGCUCGGACUACAGCAGCAUUUGAUCUGGAUACUGUUCCUAGGCCAACAGAAGGGAAAACACAGGCACAUUUGUUGUGAAGUGAUGCGAGAAGGUGAAAAGAUUGAGUUGCUCUAGAGGUUAAGAUGGAGGAAGCUACUAGGAAAUAGCACUCGUUCCGAGUGUGAAACAUGGGAGACAAAUUCCAAAUCUGAAGGUUUUUUCUUUAAUCAAUGGAGCCCUCUAUGCGUGUUCUUAAAAAUCCGGUGUAAGAAAAGGAAGGAAAUGUAGAGAUCUAUGUAUUGAACAGUUCUGUUCUGAGAUGUACCUUUCAUAAUGUAAUUGCCUAAUUUCACUUUACUGUGCACUACAGAAUUACUGUUUCUUUUUUCUCCUUAAAUUAUUUUUCCUAUACUCUGGUUCUGCAGACACGUGAAUUCUUGUAUUGAAUGAGUGGUGUUUUAUAUAUCACAGAAUGUGUCUGCACAACUGAAAUCAAUUUUGUCAUUGACUUUUUUUCAACAAUUAGACAUGUAGAAGUAUUCCUGUGGGAGAAAUUGCUGCCUUAUUCUGUAUCACCCAGUUCCUUGUUUCCCAGGGGUUUGUUUAAGCCCAUGAAAUAGAUUAAUGAACUUUGUCAGAUGCAUAUUUUUCUUUGAAGAAAAUAAAUCAGGUUGUAGUGUGGUACAAAAGAUUUUACCAGAAUUUGAAGAAGUUACCCUUGGGCAUCUUAAGGAUGUGAUCCUGAGAGAGGGAAAAUAUUGAUAAUCAAAACCAGGAUAGCUGUUAAAACUCUCUCAGGGUAAUGCUGUGUGAAAGACCAUCAGACACGGCUUCCCUUCCAGAGUCCCAAAGAGUUCUCUUUGUGUUUUCUUGAGGAAUUUACAUCAUAAUCUGUGUGGGGAACAAUGCCUAAGAGCUUUUAAAAGUACAAAUAGACUCAAUGUGAACUGUAGGAAUAAUUUUCCAGUGCUUAUUCUACUACAUAGUCUAAAAAUACUGGGAACAGUUGAUGUAAACUGUUUCAUUCUACGUAUUUUGGGAAGAUUGUACUGUAAUCUUUUUCUGCCAAAUGCGAAAACAAGGAUAGUAGCAUAGUAACUAAGGUUUAGUCCAAAACUGUUAUCUAUAAUAUUGGCAGUAAAACGCAACUCGCCUUGGUGCAUCUCACUUUGGUUUUAUGUCUACAUGAUUCUGUAGUGCUUGCAGUGAUGUUUUUGUCCAGCAGACAAGAUGCAAUAGAGAGCAGGUAUGGAAGGCAGAGAAGCUGGUUUUAGACACUCCAUGUAGCUAUAUUUAGGAAAAGUAUCAUUCAUCAACCUUUUUUUACUGUGCAGUCAGAAUGUUAAUGUCUUGUCUUUAAAGAUGAGUUAAAGCUGACUUGGUAUGUGUCAGAAGCUCCUGCGUGUCAUAACUACGUAGGUGUACCCAAGGUUAAACUUGGUGAGGUUGUAUGGCAUCUCCUGUGACAUCUGCUGUCACUCCUGCUCUCCCAGGGUGUGUAACACAACUCCUGGGAAGCACAGGCCUCUUUGUGCACACUAAAACAGCAGCGAGGGAUCAUCAUACAGGCAUCUAAAAAGGGAUUUUUAAAUUCACUGCAGGUUUUUGCUGUGAGAUCAGUAAAGUGUUAACGGGAGAAUGAGACGGCAUGCCUGAAUGUUUGGCAAGCAAAGAAAUACAUGAGGACAGCCAGGAAAGAGCCUUGUAUAUUCCCAGAAGAUUUAAUGAAUGAUGUAAAAGAAAAUGAGACAGAACACACAUUUGAGCGAGGAGUACCGAAGCCAUUCCAAUUUGUCAGACAAACCGAAAGCAUUCAUUCAGUAUUCAAUCAAUACGUAUGAUUGAUGUGACUAGCGGCACUCUAAUGCCUUGCUCUUUUCCACUUCUCUUAUCCUAUAAUUUGAAGCAUACUAUUUUUGUAUACUGAGCACUCUAAAAGGUAUAGAUGAUAGGAUGCUGCCAGUGAUUAGAAUUCUCUUGUUGCUACACGUUUGUUUUCUCUCAAGUAUCAAAAGGGAUAAAGAGCUUUUUCUUAAGAUGGGGAAUUUCUUCUUUUCCUGUACAUAUUGAGAGAAGAGUUGGAAGUUCACAAGAAACAAUUUUGUCUUAGAGUACAUGGGGGUGGGGAAUGAUUCCGGGUCUUGUGGUGAUGACUAACUUAUACAUGCUUUUAAAGAGAUGCCAUUUAAUUGUAGCUAGGUUAUGGCUCUCGUGAGGUUGCUUUUUAAAUUGAUAUCUUUUAAUGAUGAGCUAUGUGGUUCAUCUACCAUAUAACUCUUUUAUCAACAUUUUAUUAGAAAUUGAAGAAAAUUGCUAAGUUUACGUAGCUUCAGAAAGCAUUUUGAGACCCGCUUUCAGGGACACUAAUGAACUAGGACUUGUGGAUAUUUAGUACCUCUGAAUCAUCUGCUUUACUUUCUUUUUUUUCUGUUCUGCUUGCUCUGACUCAAUAUCAGAUAAUGCUAAAAUGUUGUUCAGAGCUAUUUAUUGGGUCAUUAAAGUGAAGUAGUAUUGUUCUGUGACAAGCUUUACAAGCAUUCAUGAAAUUAUCUAAACUGCCUCAUGGAUGGACAAUCUUUUUGUUAACUGUACAAGUAUUGCUUUUGACAUUCAAUCUUAAGAGACAGUCCUCAGUUAUUCAAGCUGAUGACAUAUGAUUGCUUUUCGCUUACUGGUAUUUCUUUGAUCUGUGGGGAGGUGAAAAAUCCAUCCAGCUAUACACAAUUUUUAGUUUGGUCAGAAUUCUUGGUAUAGCAAUAUAAAGAACAGUAAUGCCGACAUCCACGUACGUUUUGAUACCUUAAUCUUUUUAUCAGCAUUUUCCAUCCCUGAGACUGAACCCCGUUCACUUCACCUCCUUGGCCUUGGAAAAACUUGAGGUUAAUCUGAAUUGGGAGCUUGCUGUUCAGUUAAGCAGGAUUUGGAAAAAAAAAGGCUUUUGCUGUAUUUGUGGUAUUAUGGGUUUGUUUCACGUUAGGGAUUUUAUCUUUAUAUGCAAAAAACACAUUAAGUUGCUCGAGGUUAUUGAAAAGAAGUCUUUCAUUUGGCUUUUUUCUCAUAUCUUUUUAGAUUGCUUCUAAGGUUUAAUAUCUUGACAUAUCACAUCCCCAAGUUUUUCAAACAAAUGCUAAAGAGGAAAUGAAAGCUGAUAUUCUUGACAGCUGAGUGCCGAAGAACCCACUACAAAUUAGUCCUUAAUGCGUGUCAGAAGCAUACCUGUAUUUUUAUCUUGCCAGUUGGUUUUCAUUUUGAUAUAUGAAUGUAUGGAAACAGAAUCGAUUCUGCAGCUGCAGACUUUGUUCAUAAUUGUGUCUGGUGUUAAUUCCAUUGGGUACAAUCUAUGUUAGCAAGUUGUGAUAAAGAGAACCAUUUAUAAAAUGUUCUUUGUAAAUAAUAUAUAAAUUUCUGCGGAUAUAGCUAAACUCGUAAGGGAUAUUAAAAAAAUCAUAACCUUUUGUGACCAUUUUAAACUAUGCUGGAAAGAACUUCCUGGAGAGGUUUGCUGGUAUAAAUUUAUGGGAAAAUAAUUUCAGUGUAGAAAACCAGGAGUCCAGACAGGACUGUCUGUGUCAGUGAACCAGACAGGGGAAGCUCCUUUUGGCUGACUUUGAACUCCACGGGUUUACUUCAGGUGGGAAACGUGGUUCCAUGGACACCAGCCUGUCUAAGUGCCAGUAAUUGCUGCUGCAGAUGUUGCCCAGCAGUGGGUGUGGAUGGGAGGAGAGAACCUCAAAGAUGGGUUUCUGGGGCAAGGAUUGUUUCCUUUCGGUAUAAAUAGGAACAACUUUGUUCAACGUCAUACCAGUAAACACAGUGCUCUGACUCAAAUUGUGCAAGAAUCUUUGUUAAGACAGAAUAGUAGAAUCAUUAGCAUAAGUUUUUCUUGUGAAAUAUGUUUUUGAAGACUUUAUCCACACUGCUAUCGUCCUUGGAGGGCUUCUAGCCCUGCUGAAUGGCAGCUGUGGUUAACACCAUGUUUUCCUUGUUCGCUGGUAGGUCUCGUAAUGUGCUGGCUGUAAUAUUGAAAAAUGAGAGGAUUUAAAGACAGAGAUGAAGUCAAAGCCAGGUGCUUAACAGGAUGCUGCUACAACCACACUGGUUCAGGAGCAAAGUUGAGACUCUUGCAGCUUUCACGGGUAGAAUCCACAUGAGGCUUUGAUAAGUUUAACUUCAGGGGUUGUGUUAGCACUGCAGAGAAGCAGGAGAGGGUGGAGAAAACAUCCUUGAAAUGCACUGGAGAGCAAAUCUGGAACAGAGUAAUUCUCAGCGGGCGUGUGAGUGGGAUGCUCUGUUUAAUUGAGUUUGGACAUUUGGCUGCUGCUGGCGUUGACUCCAUUCCUAUGUUUCAUACUUCCUCUGCUAUCUUAUUUCAGCUGUUGACGUGUCUCCCUCCAAGCUAUCCUUUUUUUGUUUACAUUUUGACACUGUGCAGAAGUCUAAUUAAAGUGAUUGAAAC